AUGUCUGCUGAAAAUAUUCUUGUUAAAAAUGCUGAACUUCAAAUUCAAAUUCUUGAUUUGGAAGAUGAGUUAACUCAAUUGAAGACUCAACAUGUGAUUCGAAAUGAUGAAAAUCAAGAAAUUGCUGCAGAAUUAGCUAUUAUGAAACAGAAAUAUGAAGAUGAAAAGGUUAGUUAUGGGGAAAUACUUAAUAUGAGCAAUGCUUUUAAUUUUUAGGGAAUCCAAGCAAUUUAAAUCUCUGAAUAAUCUUUAUUUUUUCUAGAAAGAAGCAUUGGAAGAAUUAGAAGCAAAACAUUUGGAUGAAAUGAUUAAACUUCGAAAAAAUCUUCAUGAAAAAGCUCAUGAAUUUAUGAUGACAACAACAGUAAAAGAAAUGAAAAAAGCUGGAAUCAAUCAAACAUUGAUUUAUAAUAAAAUUGUUCGAAAACGAUAUGAAUUUAAAGAAGAUCUUGGAAGUAUUUUCAAAAUUAAUUUGAAAAGACCAAUGAAAACUCAACGACAAAGAAUUCAUAAAAAUAUUGCUGAAAAAAGUCGAAAAUAUUUUGAAGAAACAAAAACUGAAAGAGAAGCGGAAAGAAAGCGGAAACAUGCGGAAUUGAAUGAAGAAGAUGUUUUGAUGAAAUCUGUUAAUCAGGUAAGAGUUAUAUCUAUUAUUUCUUUUGAUUUGUUAAACACUGUUAAUUUUUUAGGACGAACGAAUCAAACUUCAAAAUUUCAUCGAAGAACAAAAAGAAGAUAAUUAUUUCGAACCGGAAAAUGCAAAAAGAGCCCGAUUUGAUACUGAUUGUGAUGUGGAAAUCAGCAUUCCAAGAUAUGGAAAUGAUCAAGCUGAAUACAAAAAUUAUAGACAAAAUCGAGUUUUGGAUCCAAAUCAGGGACUUGAUUUUUUCGCCGACUCUAAUGUAUUUAUUCAUAAAAAUAUGGAAACAAGUUUGGCAGAAUCUGAUUUAGAAGCUGAAGAAGAAGAACAAGAAAAUAAUUGA